UUGUCUGGCAUGGUAAUUAAAUGUACUUUGUAGACACCGGAGCCUCUUCUAUUUCCAUCAUUCAGGAUCAGCUGCCUCAACCCGGCCUCUUAGGUGCGGCUGCUAUAGGGUCGGUCCUAUGGAGAGAUUCACAGGAUAUGCGCUAAGGAUCCAUGGAGCAACAGUUGCAGAAAUGCCCCUCAUUGCUACAUGCAGUAGAUAUCGACGGCAGGGAAUGUGUUGCCACCUUAUGAAUGUCAUUGAAGAGUUUCACAUAUUUGGAACAUUAGACGAGGAAAUAAUGAAGAAAAUGCUCCAACUCGAUUUAGGAUCCGGAGACAUAUAUUCAAUCGUGAGUUAUGCUAAGAAGACUACGGUCAUGUCUCCGGAAGUAAUUCUUAAUGUUGGCAUUCCUUGUUGCAGGCUGGUCCAAAAUCCGGGAGAAUUUGUUGUCACCUUUUCAAGGGCUUUCCACUCAGGUUACAGUCAUGGAUUCAACUGUUCAGAAGCUUCAAAUUGCCCAGACUUGGUUCUCUGCAAAUGAUUCUUUGGUUCUAUCACUGUCAAAGUCAUGAAAAUCAGAAUCUGGAACCUCCAUUUUCUUCAACUCUUCUUCUUUGAGACCCUCUAUAGCUGCAUCAUCCAUAUUAUCUGCAGGUUUGUGUGUAUGGUUAUCCCUAGCUGAUGCAUUAAGUUCAUUGAGCUUCUUAAUGUCUGGCCAUUACUUCCAGUAGGCAUGUUAUUCGCUGACACAUUUUUGCAGCUAUCACCAGUGUUUUCAACUAAGCUCAACCUUUUUUCAUGUCUUAUAUGUGUACUUAUGGGACCAGCGACAGGAGGCAAACAAAAGCCUGAUUCCUUAAACUUUGUGCGAGGAACCUUCACGCUAGCUGAAAUUGUUAGAUCCUCCCCUUCAUAUGGUCUCUUUAAAUUCACAUGUGGCAAAAUGAAACAACUGUGAAUUUGAAACUUUCGUUAAGCCACUCGGGUUAUUAAUUUCCACAAGAAAUAACACAGAAAAUUCAGUUUCAUUGGCUUAGCCAAAAUCAAAUGAAUUGAAUCUCAAGUAUCCUAUCUCAAAUGAAUUGAAUCUCAAUAAAUACGUCUCUGUUACCAGGCCAUUCACUGACACAAGUGUUUGUUGAAGAUGAAAUCCCUAAUAUUUUGUGUAAUCAUCACAUCUCCUGAGAC